AUGGUAUCGUUACACAGCAGUGUUUCACCGGAAGUUCUUGUGCUAUUGGUGCUCCUGGUGCUGGACAACAUUGGCAACAGCUUGGUUGUCUCCAGGACAAUGGGGUCUCCAGAUGACAGGGGUAGUAGUCUAGUUCUCUGUGUGGGAUUGCAGUCUAAAAAUGUAGCCCCUCAACCAGUGUUUCAGACUGCUCCAUGGAGGCUGAUUUCUGGAAUCCUAGGAAUAAUAUGUAUUUUGUUGACAAUUAUCUUAGGAAUUUUACUGAAUAAAUCAUUUAAUAAAGAAAAUAUUCAGCUAAAAUCCUCUCCAAUGCCCUCCAUAGAACUACAGAAAGAGUUUGACUGUUGUUCGUGUCCAGAAAAGUGGAUUGGGUACCAAUGCAACUGUUACAUCUUUUUUAAUGAAGAAAAAACGUGGAAAGAAAGUAGAAAUUCAUGUGCAUCUUAUAAUUCCAGUCUUCUUCGUCUACGCAACAAAGAUGAAAUGGCAUGUACUUAA